AUGCUCUCAGCUAUGAUGGCUACUCUUGCUGAGUACUUCGACUCUCCCAUAGUAUUACAGACCACCUCUCAAGGUACCACUCUAGUAUUCCAGGUAUCUAGUGCAGUCACUUGGCUGCUCAGGAUCCUCAUCCCUAUCAUCGUCACAGCUCUCUAUCUAAAGCUCACCCAAAACCGAAGACCUCCAGAGGACAGUACUGGAGGGGUGCAUGCACUCUCAUCAUCGGGCGAGGAUGAUUUCCUCCAUAUCACGACAGUGAGCCCAGCCCAACCUAGGCCCUUCGGUAGCCCUACGAGGAAGAAGAUUAUUCCGCCAACAGCAUCGUCGCGGUGCAGUUCCAGGGCGUCCCCGGUGGUCCGAGGUGUCGACCCACGAGGCAGCAUGAGUCGUGGUAGAGGUGGUCAGAGGUCGGCCCACGAGCGAACAGUGCAAGUAAUGGUGUCCUUGACCAACGACCUUGUGGGGGACGUGUCCAUGAGGAGGAUAGCGGCUGAAGUAUCUGGCGUGAUGGCUGGUGAUGAUAGGAAGGGCAGUUUGGAUGGGAAGGCCUCGUUGGCGGGACGGGACGCGCCGGCUCCAGCGGAGUCGCCGCCUGGGCUCUCGACAGCAGCUGCAAGUACUGCUAAUCCAGCGACGCCUUUGACGAUAGUGCCUCAAGAGGAGGCCAAACACCCUGAGCCCAUGCGACUCAAUGCCAAGGCACCCGAAUUUAUACCGUCGACGGGGGGCCAUGGGACAGCUCCAACGACUAGGUUCUUGGACUCAUUGAUGGACCAUCGACGAGCAGUAGCGGCUGCUAGAUAUUAUCAGAACCAGGUUAUGACUGCAAGAUACAUGGGAGGGCUUGCCGCGAUGGCCAAGGCUCAGAUGCAAGCAGUACAACUGGCACAGGCCCAGGGAGCUCAACUUUCCCAAUAUCACCCCAACGCUCCAAGUAUGCCUACAAUGAAGGAGGACAAGCUGUUGGAGUGGAGUGCUGCUAGGGCUGAGGAGCAGGCUCAGGUCCAAAUGCGUGUUAAGAGAAUACUCGAUGAGAAUAAGGGUGAUGAUGCUAAGGAGGAUCCUUCUAAGAAGGGCAGCACGCCUGAUGAGAAGCAACCUCAGUUGAGGGUGGAUGUGGAUGACUUGAAGAAAGCUGGUCCAGAGAGGAAGAGAGAGCUGCUGGGAUUGUAG